CAGCUAGGGCUUUCUCAUUCUCAUCACUCAAAACAACAAACUCAUCGCAGCCUCUCCUUAAAAACUCAUCGCAAAAAUGGCUGAACGUGGUGGAGAACGUGGCGGCGCUGGUGGAGACCGUGGUGGUUUCGGACGUGGAAUCGGAGGAGGUGGCCGUGGAGAUCGUGGUGACCGUGGAAGAGGUGGACCAAGAGGCCGUGGUGGUCGACGUGGAGGCCGAGCCACUGAAGAACAGAAAUGGGUUCCAGUGACCAAGCUUGGUCGUCUCGUGCAAACCGGAGAGAUCAAGAAGCUAGAGCAGAUCUACCUUCACUCACUCCCGGUUAAGGAGUACCAGAUCAUUGAUACCCUUGUUGGUCCUUCAUUGAAGGAUGAAGUGAUGAAGAUCAUGCCUGUUCAGAAACAAACCAGAGCUGGUCAAAGGACUCGAUUCAAGGCCUUUGUUGUCGUCGGAGAUGGUAAUGGUCAUGUUGGUUUGGGAGUGAAAUGCUCCAAGGAGGUUGCUACGGCUAUUAGAGGAGCGAUUAUUCUCGCUAAGCUCUCUGUUGUCCCAGUUAGGAGAGGUUACUGGGGUAACAAGAUCGGGAAGCCACAUACGGUUCCUUGUAAGGUGACUGGCAAGUGUGGAUCUGUUACAGUGAGGAUGGUUCCUGCUCCUCGUGGUGCUGGUAUUGUGGCUGCUAGAGUUCCUAAGAAGGUUCUUCAAUUCGCUGGAAUUGAUGAUGUUUUCACUUCUUCCAGGGGAUCCACCAAGACUCUUGGAAACUUUGUCAAGGCUACAUUCGACUGUCUUCAGAAGACAUACGGAUUCCUUACACCAGAGUUCUGGAAAGAGACGAGAUUUGUUAAAUCCCCAUACCAGGAGUACACAGAUCUCUUGGCGUCCAAGGCUCUUCCGAGCAACAAAGUGGCGACCGAUGUUGAAGACCAAGCCUAGAUAAAGCUCUCAGCUAUAUAUGGGUUUUUCGUUGAUGAGUUAAUUUUGGUUGAACUUUUGGUUAGUAUAUGUUGCUGGAUUGUGCACCCUAUGUUUUUCAUCUGUUCUGUUUUACAUUUGCUCAGUUUUUCAUUAUGGGAUCCACCUCUUAUUAAUGUUCUAGUUUUGCUUUUUAUUAUGUUGAGAAAAAAAAAGGUUUGAAUCCA